UUAAAAAACCAUCAGAUCAUCACUUCGAACUAAGCAAACCACAGUGACCACAAACUCCACUGCCCUCUUGCCUCCUCCACCGGCGUCGCCUCGCCUCGUCUCGGCUUCCAACGCCAACCACCGCCGCGGAUCUCGCCGGAGCCAAGAAAAGCCCAGCCAUGUCGAAGCGUCUCGCGGCGGCGCUGCUCGUGCUGUGCGCCUGCGCCACGCGCGCGCGGGGCGCCGACGACUACACGGCGUUCGUGUACGCCGGGUGCUCGCAGGCGCGCUACGACGCCGGGACGCAGUACGCGGCGGACGUCGACACCGCGCUCUCGGCGCUCACCAACAGCGCGGGCUACACCGCCUACGCCAACUACACCUCGCCGUCGGCCGCCUCCGGCACCGGCCUCGUCGGCGUCUACCAGUGCCGCUCCGACCUCCCCGCCGCGAUCUGCGGCGGCUGCGUCAGGUCGGCCGCCACCAAGCUCGCGUCGCUCUGCAACUCCGCGGCCGGCGCCGGGGUGCAGCUGCGCGCGUGCUUCGUCCGCUACGGGAACGACUCGUUCCUCGGGAGGCAGGACACCACGGUGCUGUUCAAGAAGUGCGGCGGCGAGGGCGGCAGCGACACGGGCGUCGUCGCCAUGCGCGACGCGGCGCUCGGCGCGCUCGUGGCCGCCGCGGCGCCCGCCGGCGACGGCUCGUACCGCGCCGGCGCGGCCGGGUACGUGCAGGCCAUGUCGCAGUGCGUGGGCGACCUCGGCGCCAAGGCCUGCACCGACUGCGUCUCCGCCGCGUCGUCGCAGCUCAAGGCCGGCUGCGGGUACGCCUCUGCCGGCGAGGUGUACCUCGGCAAGUGCUACGCGCGCUUCUGGUCCAAUGCCGGAACCGGGGACAACAACGGAGGCGGCAUCAGCGGCGGCGGCGGCGGCAUUGGCGGCGGCGGGAAUGGCAUCAGUGGCGGCGGCGGCGCUGUGGGCGGAGGCAAUGGAUACGCAUAUGGAUUUGUGCCGCACACGUACAGUGACCACGAUGAAUCUGGGAAAACACUUGCAAUCAUCAUCGGCCUCGUCGCGGCUGUCGCCCUCGUCAUCGUCUUCCUCUCCUUCGUCAGAAGAGCCGGCGGUGUCGGUGGCAAAAGCUAAGGGUGAGCAGGAUGGUCACCACUUAGCUCAGAUUGGAUCGGUCGGUGUGGCUUUUUCUUGGGCAUUGCUUUGGUAUCUCUCCUACACAUCUCUUUUAUCUUUUAGGGUCUCUUUUGUCGUCUCAUUAUGGGCCAAAACAAAGAGGAAGCCAUGCCGAAAUGACCUACGCUGAAAGGGAGCCACUGUGCUGAAGUGUGAGGUGAAGAUUCCAGCUGCUACCUGCAACUAGCCACUAAGGAAAAAUUACUCAAAAAAAUAAUCAAGGAGUUAAUUAAAGUGUGGUGUCUACUUGUUAGAUAAUUUGUUUAUGAAACUUAUAUAUAUAUUAAUAUAUAUGAUUCAUCAUGUCCAAGCAGUUGUUAAUUGGUCUUAUCUCAUAUAUAUAAUUAUAUAUAUACAAUGCAUGGUUGGUGACUGGUGAGUGGUGCCAAUGUACUCAUGUAUAUCAUCAUUGUUGAUUUCUUGAUGGGUAAAUUAAUUACUACGACCUUGUUGUACUGCCA